AUGGCUACCGAUAUUUCAACAUAUCGCUUUAAUCAUACGAUGAUUAGGGUCAAAGACCCGCAAGUUUCUCUCAAGUUUUAUGAAGAAAUUUUAGGAAUGAAACUUAUUGAUAAAAUGGAUUUUCCAGAAAAAGAAUUUACGCUUUAUUUUCUUGCAUAUGUUCGUGAUGUCUUGCCUGAAACUACCGACGAAAAGAUCAAGUAUAUCUUUUCACGAGAAGCAGUCCUUGAAUUAACACAUAAUUGGAAAACGGAAUUAGAUCCAAACUUUGAAUAUCAUCAUGGAAACAAAGAUCCUCGUGGUUUCGGCCACUUGGCCAUUGCUGUAGAUAAUAUUGAAGCCGCUUGCAAGCGAUUUGAUGAUAAUGAAGUUAAGUUCAUCAAGAGAUUGACGGAUGACGGUAAGGAUCAAAGAAUAAUAAAUAAUAAUAAUCUAAAUUCAAGAAAAUUAAUUACUCAUUUGAUUCUUCGUAAAUUAGCAAUGAAAAAUAUCGCGUUCAUCGCUGAUCCAGAUGGCUACUGGGUCGAAAUUAUUCAAAUUCCGACUAAAACAUGA